AUGACAAAAAUACAUAUUAAUGUUACGGAUCCGGUGAAUCUAAUGUCUUUGAACUCGACUAAACUAAAAGAAUUCCUUGAUUCUUUCGAUCAUGUGUUUUCUGAUUGCGACGGUGUAAUUUGGUCGAAAGUACCUUCACCAGGUGUGGGCGCUUUCUUCGAUCGCAUAAAACAGUUGGGAAAAACUGUGCACUUUGUCUCCAAUAACAGCAUGAGAUCUCGAAAGAACUACGAGGGCCUCUUUGAAGCCGCCAAUAUUAAAAAUGGAUAUGAAAACUUGACUGUGCCGUCAAUUGCUAUUGUGGAAUAUUUGAAAUCGGUUAAUUUUAACAAAGCGGUUUAUUGCGUGACAUGUCCGGAAACAAUUAAUGUAUUAAAAUCUCAUGGGUUCACAUGCAAGCAUGGUCCUGAUAUCGGUGCGCCAUUACAUUCAGACUACCAGCAAUAUUUAGAAGACGACAAUGAAAUCGGGGCAGUCGUGUUUGACAGUGACUUCAACGUGAACCUGGCAAAAAUGUACAGAGCCAUUAACUACCUUCAAAGACCCGAAGUACUUUAUUUUAGCGGUGCGACAGAUCGAUAUGUGCCUAUGAAGCCGGGAUGCUUAUGUUUGGGAACCGGCAUAUUUACUGACAUCGUCAGCGAAGAGGCAAAUCGAGAACCUAUUUCGCUAGGUAAACCAGGAAAAUUAUUCGGGGAGUUUGCUAUGAAACGUGCAGGCAUUACAGAUCCUAGCCGAGUUCUUUUCAUUGGCGAUAUGAUUGAACAAGAUGUUGGCUUGGGUAGAGCAACUGGUUUCAAAACACUUUUAGUACUCACAAAUAAUACGCGUGAAGAUAUGAUGGCGCAUCCGCAUUUGAAACCGGAUUAUUAUGCGGAUUCUUUGGGUAGUUUAGUGCCGGUUCUAAAUAAAGUAUGA